AUGACAAGUUGCCUUUACUAGAUUCGGCCAAAUAGUUAUUCUUAACAAUGCAAUUUCAAUGUUAUUUUUUUGAAAUCUUCUUGACUUGGCAUAUGAUUGGAUCAUCUGAAUAUUAGCAAAUCCAUCUUGAAACUAAGUUGCCACUCUCACUUGAGAAUUUUACAUUUUUUGCUCUUAGAAACUUAGAAAAAAAAAUCUAAAAGAUAACAAAAGUGAGUCUAUCCAAAGACUAGUGCAGCCACAACGAAGUAUGAAAUUUUUAUUUCAAUGUGUUAUGGUAGAAAGGGUUGGGGCUUAACUUGAACCAGGGAAUUAGAAUCUGGUGAGCUCUUUGAACGGUAAUGUAGCUCUUUGUGCAGGCCACUUGAAUGGUAAUGUAGCUCUUUGUAGCUCUUUGUGCGUCGGUGUUGGGUUCAGAUCAGAUAAUGUGGUAUGCAUGUUCAUUCUUUGAACGGUUCAUCAGGUGAGCUCUUUGUGCAGGCCAUUUUUCCUUGGAACAAAUGCUUUAAAAUAUUGGGUGAAUGGCCUGCAUCCUAUCUAUAUAUAUAGCCCCAACUGAUCAGCAGAUGGUUGGUAUUCUGGGUAGAACACAAGGAAUAUGUUCUUGGGGCUUGGGGAUUGGGCUGGGAAAUUUUGAUGGAUGGGAUGGAGGUUACACAAUUCACAUGCGUCCAGCAGGUUCUGGACCGUGGUGAGAAGAUUGAGCUUCUGGUAGACAAAACAGAGAACCUCCGCUCACAAGUGGUGAACCUCAAUAUCAUUGAGGGCCUGAACCUGCUGAAGGAUUCCGAAAUACUGGUGCUGAUGCCUUUUACUGCUACACAACUCACCAAAGAUCGACAGAAGAAACUAGUCCCUUGGAAACAAUGGGCAACAAGGAGAUCAUUGACAUUAACCAAGGUAAUGCGGUGGGCCCCACAAAGCUCUAUGUUCCGGGAAAUCUUCGUAUCAAGUGUUACACGAUUUGGUGCUGCACCAUCCCACGGUAGCGUGGUGAUGUGUUGGGUGACGUGGGCUCACUUUAAUUUAUAUGUUUUAUAUCUACUCCGUCCAUCCUUUUUUAUAGCUCAUGUUAUGCUAUCAAUAGAAAGAUGA